AUGACGGUCCAGUUUUGCGUUCAGGUUGUGCUUGGCUUUCUGAUAUGGGGCAUUGUUGCCUCUGAGGGAAAUCAAGCCAAUAACGCAAACAACAAACUGAGAGGGAGAAUACGACGAGACACUCCACCAUCUGAGUUUGACGAGAUUGAUUUUGAUUUUGAUGGACUCGACGAGAUCGAAUGGACACGAGGAGACGAAGGAGGUGAAGGAGAAGCAGUCCAACAAAUUGUGGGAGGAGAGGAAGCGAACCUUGGUGAUUAUCCAUACUUUGUGGACCUUGGUAAUUGUGGAGGCAGUUUGAUUGCUCCAGAUCUAGUAUUGACUGCGGCACAUUGUGGAGAUUACCGGGGAUACUACGUCCUAGUGGGAGCUUUCAAUAGGGGUAACGACUCUACGGAGGGAGCGACCUUUGCCAAAGUUACCGAAUGGGCACGACAUCCGUACUAUGAUGACGAUUCAGCCAAGAAUGAUUUUGCGUUGAUGAAGAUUGACCCACCUGUUUAUUUGGAUGCAGAUAUCGUCCUAACACUGAACGAGGAAGGUGAUCUUCGGGAAGGCGAAAGCCUAAAAGUGAUGGGAUUGGGAUCAUUGGAGGAGGACGCUGAUGAUGAUGGUGUUGGCACUCUUCGAGAUGUUACUGUGAAAAUGAUACCAACCGCCAUCUGCAACGGAGAAGCUUGGUAUGACGGAGAUAUCGAUUACACCAUGUUUUGCGCAGGUUACCAAGAGGGCGGUAGCGACUCCUGCCAAGGAGAUUCGGGUGGUCCACUGGUUCGUGUGGUUGGAAACCAGCACGUGCAAGUUGGCAUUGCUUCUUGGGGUGCAGGCUGCGGUUUCCGACAAAGACCGGGAGUCUACUCUGGAAUCAAUAGGGCCUCCGUCCAAUGGAUCAAGCAGAUCGGAUGCACGCAAUGGGAUAGUUCGGGCUCCUUUUGUCGUGGCUCGAGCGGUGCACAGGGGGGUAGUGGUGGCGUCAUUGGUUCUGUGAUUAGCUGCGCAUGGAAUGAAAAGGAAGUUGAUUUCACACUUCUCACUGGUGAUGAUACUGGCGUUAUUGGAUGGGAAAUUAUCAACGUUGCAAAAGGCAAGAGCGUUCUGACGCAAAUGGGAUCGGAGAAGUGGGAGACAUACCAAACAAGAAAGUGUUUGCCUCAGUCUCCAUACAUUCUACUCAUGAAGAAUUACCGAGGGAAUGGGUAA